CAGACUGGGGAGCGGAGGCUCUUGCAUUAGGCACAAGAGAGCAGCACUUCAGCAACAGGCAAGAAACCCGGAGCAUUUACGCAGCUGCGGGUAUCUCAGACCUGUGCUGGGCACACACCUGGGAGAGCAGUCGACGUUAAAAGCCAAAUACUAAAUAUUACUGCUGUAGGCAGGAAUCCUUCUUGCAGAGGAAGUUCUGCUGAGCUCGUACCAGGGGACAGGGGCUCCUCUGCCGGUCCUGUGCAGGAGAAUAGCUGGCCAGAGCCACGCUAUGGAACUGAGGUCUGGUGAGCCAUCGGGGAAGGCAAAAGAAAGGGAAAAAGAGAAAGGAAAGAGGCCCCACAGGGACUCCUCAAAAGAGGUGCUCGAAUGGAGAGAAUCCUUCGACCAGCUCCUGAAGAGCAAAAAUGGGGUGACUGCCUUCCACACCUUCCUGAAGACAGAGUUCAGUGAGGAGAACCUAGACUUUUGGCUGGCUUGUGAGGACUUCAAAAAGACCCGGUCGAAAACGAAGCUAGCCUCCAAGGCCAACAGGAUCUUUGAGGAGUUUGUUCAAACCGAGGCACCUAGAGAGGUGAAUAUCGACCAUGAAACCAGGGAGAUUACCCGGAAGAACCUCUCGGGUGCAACCUCUGCUUGUUUCAACGAAGCCCAGGCAAAAACCCGCACCUUGAUGGAGAAGGACUCCUACCCCAGGUUCCUGAAGUCUGCCUCCUACCAGGACAUGACAAAGCAGGCCACCGGCCGCGGCAUCAGCAAGCGGUCGCAUACCUGACCUGAGCCGGUGUCCGCCCGGGGGGGAAGAGCUACAGGACAAGGCAGAGGCACUGCAGCAGAGGCUGGCAUCUGAGAGAUGGUUUGUGAGGCCUGAGGACCAUGUGGUGGGGUUUCGGCUGAAGUCCUGGGAUUUUAUCGGGAUCCCCAGGACCUCAAGCACUUCUGCUUCCCAUCGAGCUGUUGUGAAGAGUGGUCCUCCCUCCCCACCACAGGCUUUCCCGCUGCUGGGGUGGGGAACUGUGAAACGGGACUGUCGGAGGAAGGACCCUGGCAGAAAGCGCUCACCUGCGAGCGUGUGCCCAGUGCCUCCCCCCGCAGCACCAGCGUGCAACGGGAGACCUGCACGCCGCAGAGAAAGACAGACAGACGUCAGAUAUGAGUUGGAAGUCCAGGGAAAAGAGACUGGAUUCCCCCAAGCGUUGAGCUGUGCCUAACAGGAGAGCUUCAGCCCGCUCUCAGGACCGUGCCUCUGACCUGCACAAACAACCAUAAGCUGCAGAUAGUGCACAGCAGUCUGCAAUUUCCGCAGUGCCCAGGGCAACAGCCCAGACUUGCCUGCAGAGUUUUUUUUCCUAUGAGGGAACUUGCAGAAUAAAAGACCAAAGACUACCUGGCAUUUUGAGCCAGAGGGACCCUGCACCUGUCUUGUCCUGAUCAUAAGAUUCUUAUUCUGCUGUUUUCUAUGCAUGCGCUGCAUCAAGGCUUUACACCUUCUUCCAGUAGAGCAUAGGCAUAGCAUUGACAUUUUUAUCCCUUGCUUAAGCUAUAUGACCUUUCAAUGGCACCUAAUCUUAGGUCACAUGCAUAGCUUUUUAUGACUAUUGUUGCUAUUUAUUGUUGUUGUUAUUAAAAUAUGUAUUUAUAGAAAUGCACUGCUCAAAGCACACACAAGUCCCUUGCUCUGAGGAGCGUGUAAGUUAAAUUACUUUAGAUGUUGCAGCACUUAGCAUGCCUCCUGCAUUUUCUAUAUGCAGACCUAAGAGAGAUAAAUACAGACCUGUAGUAGGACCAUGGAGCAAAAUACAUGAAUAGCAGUAGUGAGAGUUCUCAUCUGGCAGGGCUGCUAGUGGGGUCUGAGAGGGAAGGUUUACUGUGAGCUUGGAGGACUGUUGAUGGUAGUAAAAGGACACUUUGCAGUCCAUGUUGUUUCCUUUCUCCCCUUAAAUAGAGCUUUGUGGCUGGCGUCUUGGCAUGUAGAGUAGCAGCUUGUCCUACACUGAGAAUAUUGAUGCGAACCAUGCACUUUCAGUGAUCCUAUUGGAAUUUUUUUUUUUUAAGAAACACAUUCUCCUUAAAUAUAGCUGUUUCCUCAAACAGGCCUCCCAUACCAGGAAAGAGUCCUGUAGGAUAGUAGUUCAAGGAAUGACGCAGAUGGCUGCGUCCCCUCCGCAUCAGGCUUGUGGAAUUUAUAUUCUUCAUAAACAAUCUUAUGGAGAAAGUAAUUCCUUUAAUGAGAUGUGGGAGAGAAAACCUGGAGCUUUCCCCGGUUUAAAAUCGAGCCUGGUGUUCCCUUAGCUGGUGAAGCCAGUCUGCAGCCCGCAGCACUUUAAAAGAAACGUGGUGAGCCAUCCGCAAGAGAGAUCUGCGUGCUGGGAAUUCAGUGGGAGACAGGAAGAGCUUCUCUAUGGGGAUGGCAGGACGUUUCACAAACAGAGACCUGUGGUGCAAGCUCUUCAGAAGCCCUGCUGAGCAGGUAUUUAUGGCUCCCAGAGCUCCCCUAGAUAGCCAAGACUCUGGGGCUGCAGCUACACCAGAAAGCCGUAGAUCCAUUUUGCAGCAACGAUGCUAGCAACCGCGUCGGUGACUACGCAGAGCUGUCUCCGGUGUUCGGUGCUGGGUCACGGAGCACGUGCCACGAGCACGGUUUCCUAGUGAGAUGACAGCCUCAUGCGGCCACGCGUGCCUCCGUUCAUCCCUGAAGACCAAACCUUGAGGUCCUUGUUCUGCUGUUACUCGUUGCUUGCUGAGGGAGCCUUCUUUCGGCCCCUCGAGCGUUUGCCCGAGUCAGAGCACGGGAUUACUCUGGCGUUUUGUGGCUAUUUGAGCAGAGCAGGGGAGAGUCCCGAGAACCGGCCUCGGGACACUGGUGGGAGUCCUCUUCCACUUUCCCCAUCUCGAUCCUACCUCUGAGUCUCGGUGGGUUCUGGCGGCAUUCGCAGGGAGUUUUUAACUGCUUUAUUAUUUAUUUUUACAACUGGAACCACCUUUGUAGUGUUACUGAAGUGAACAAUGCACAACGGUCCGUUUUCAUUACUAACAUAAUGUCAUUAUUAUGAAGUAUAAAGAGGAAAAAUACUGUGACACCAUGGCUUUUUUGGUUGUAGGCUUUUAAUUUAUUUUUACAUUCUAAUUUUGAAUUACUGUAUUAGAAAGCAUACAGUGUCAAGAAAGACGCUUGUGUUGCAUGGCUUGCAGGGCAUUUACAGUUGCUUUAAAAGUUACAAUAUCAGAAGCCGAUAGAAAAGGAAGGGGAAGACUUGUAAGAGGAAAACUUCUGCGUGAUGUUUGGCUUAUUGAAGAGACAUGAACAGUUCACUGAAACAAGGAAAGCAGACGUUAAGUUUUGGUUAUAUUCAUUGAUGUUUAGUACUGUUUAUAUUGCUUGCCAUCUUCUGAGCACUUCACAGGACUACAGUUCACAGUACGUGUUUAAUAUCAGUGAGAUGCCAUUGUCUGUUAAGCACAGGAGGAAUCGAGUUAGGGGCCGCUGUUUGCGAAACGGAGUUUCCAGUCACUGCCACAAAUAGUGUUUGAUUUAGCAUUAACUCUGCCGAUUAUCGGAUUCUUUUCUAAUCGGGGCAAGUAGCUGGCGUUAGGGUGGGUAUUAGGAAACAUCGUGCCUCUAUUGCAGCGUUUGUUCUCCGCAAGGUCCAAAGGGUCCCCCGCGGCGCGCUUUGGGACCGCCGAGCGGCCGGGACGGGAGAGCAAGCCCCAGAUCCGGGCCAGGGCGCUGCGGGACGCGCUGGAGCGGAGCACGGACGGUGCGGGAGAGCAGGGGCCCAAGCGUAGCUCGGAGAUGCCGUACAGAAGGGAUGCUAAUGCGCCAAAUAAAGACCAAACCAAACGUUUUUAAACUGUCA